GUUAUACAAAAUGACUACGUCAAUACUAGCAGAACAAUGACCUUUUCCUAUAUACAAAGAUACUGUUAUGUAAACUAAAUAACAGCUAUAUGUUAUCAAUCCAAACACAAAUAACUGUAAGGUCACUAAAGCGAAACGUCUCCAGAUUAAAUAUUGAGUCUGCUAAUAUUAUGUUGGUCGGUUUCCUCACUAAUGUAGCACUGAUAACAGGAGUGAGCACAUUAUUUCUUGGAUGUUGAGUGCAGGAUUGUUACGCCUAAUUAGCCUAUAUUAUAUAAACACAAUAGAAUAUUAUAUUUAUAGCUUUACAUGCUGACAAUGACAAGUGAGGGCGAGUUGGAUCUGUGCGAGUCGCUGGACCCGCACAGCGAUGGCGGGGGUAAGAAGGUGGUGGUCGGCGUCUGCGCCAUGGCCAAGAAGUCGCAGUCGAAGCCCAUGAAGGAGAUCCUCACGCGCCUCGACGAGUUCGAGUACAUCAAGAUGCUGGUCUUCCCAGAGGAGGUUAUCCUUAAGAAACCUGUGGAAGAGUGGCCCAUCUGCGACUGUCUUAUUUCGUUUCACUCGAAGGGCUUCCCCUUAGACAAGGCCAUUCAAUACGAGAAGUUACGGAAGCCCUAUGUUAUAAAUAAUCUUCACAUGCAGUAUGAUAUUCAGGAUCGUAGAAAAGUAUACGCGAUACUAGAGGGUGAGGGUAUAGAGAUACCUAGAUAUGCAGUAUUAGAUAGAGAUUCACCGGAUCCGAAGCAUCACGAGCUGGUGGAAUCAGAAGACCACGUGGAAGUGAACGGCGUGGUGUUCAACAAGCCCUUCGUGGAGAAGCCGGUGUCGGCAGAGGAUCAUAACAUUUAUAUCUACUACCCCACCUCCGCCGGCGGAGGCAGCCAGAGACUCUUUAGAAAGAUAGGAAGUCGGAGUAGUAUAUAUUCACCAGAAUCGAGGGUGAGGAAAACAGGGUCGUUUAUUUAUGAAGAUUUUAUGCCCACUGAUGGUACGGACGUAAAAGUAUACACAGUUGGACCGGACUACGCUCACGCCGAGGCUCGCAAGUCUCCCGCACUAGACGGAAAAGUCGAGAGGGACUCGGAAGGCAAGGAGAUCAGAUACCCCGUGAUAUUGUCUAACCAGGAGAAACUUAUAUCUAGGAAAGUUUGUUUGGCCUUCAAACAGACUGUGUGCGGGUUUGAUUUGCUUAGAGCAAACGGCAAAUCGUUCGUGUGCGACGUCAACGGGUUUUCUUUCGUGAAAAACUCAAACAAAUACUACGAUGACUGCGCUAAGAUUCUGGGUAAUAUGAUCUUACGGGAGUUGGCGCCGACGUUACACAUUCCAUGGUCGGUGCCCUUUCAGUUGGACGACCCACCCAUAGUGCCGACGACGUUUGGGAAAAUGAUGGAAUUGCGGUGUGUAGUCGCUGUUAUAAGACAUGGGGAUCGAACGCCUAAACAGAAGAUGAAGGUUGAAGUGAGGCAUCAGAGAUUCUUUGAAAUAUUCGAGAAAUACGAUGGUUUCAAGCGCGGCCACGUGAAGCUAAAGAAGCCCAAACAACUGCAAGAAAUAUUGGACAUCGCCCGCGCGUUGCUGUCGGACAUACAGACGCGACACGCCGACCCUGAGAUUGAGGAGAAGCAGGGCAAGCUGGAACAGCUCAAGAGUGUUCUGGAAAUGUACGGUCACUUCUCGGGCAUCAACCGCAAGGUGCAGAUGAAGUACCAGCCCCGCGGCCGGCCGCGCGGCUCCAGCUCCGACGACGGUAACGCGCCGCCGCCACACGUAAGUGGUGGUGGGGAGCCAUCCUUAGUGCUAAUACUGAAAUGGGGGGGAGAGCUGACUCCAGCGGGGAGGAUACAAGCUGAAGAGUUGGGGAGGAUGUUCAGAUGCAUGUACCCUGGUGGUCAGGGAAGGCAUAUACCUGGUGAAAGUGGCACCCAAGGACUAGGCCUCCUCCGUCUCCACUCCACCUUCCGCCACGACCUCAAGAUCUACGCGUCAGACGAGGGGCGCGUACAAAUGACUGCAGCCGCCUUCGCUAAAGGCCUGCUGGCGUUGGAGGGAGAAUUGACGCCUAUAUUAGUGCAGAUGGUCAAAUCUGCUAAUACCAAUGGGCUGUUGGAUAAUGACUGUGAUUCGUCUAAAGUUCAGAAUAUGGCCAAAGCUCGUCUGCACGAGGCCAUGCAAGUCGACCGCGACUUCACGGACGCGGACCGGUCGCGCAUCAACCCGUGCGAGUCCGUCAGCAUCAGCGCCGCCAUGCACUUCGUCAAGAACCCCGUGCGCUGCUGCGCCCACGUGCAUACUCUUAUACAGCAGCUUGUGAGAAUUGUCGUCACUAAGAAGGACGACCCCAAGACUAAAGACACAAUACUCUACCACGGCGAAACGUGGGAGCUAAUGGGCCGCCGCUGGGGUAAGAUCGAGAAGGAUUUCUGCACGAAAAACAAAACGUAUGACAUAUCCAAGAUCCCGGAUAUUUACGAUUGCAUCAAAUAUGAUCUGCAGCAUAACCAGCACACGUUGCAGUUCGAUCUUGCUGAAGAACUUUAUAUCUAUGCUAAGUACUUGGCUGAUAUUGUGAUACCUCAGGAAUACGGACUAACGAUGCAGGAGAAACUGACAAUAGGGCAAGGAAUUUGUACGCCCCUCCUCAAGAAGAUCAGAGCUGAUCUACAGAGGAACAUCGAAGAGUCCGGAGAGGAGACUGUCAAUAGAUUGAACCCCAGUUGUGUGUGCUGGUGCAGGUACAGCCACGGCGUGUCGUCGCCGGGCCGCCACGUGAGGACCCGGCUGUACUUCACCAGCGAGAGCCACGUGCAUUCCUUGCUGACCGUGCUGAGGUUCGGGGGGCUUUUGGAUGUAUUAAAAGAUGAACAAUGGCGUCGUGCAAUGGAGUACGUGUCUACAGUUUCCGAACUCAACUACAUGUCACAGAUCGUCGUUAUGCUAUAUGAAGACCCAACUAAAGAUCCUUACUCAGAAGAAAGAUUCCACGUGGAGCUGCACUUCAGCCCGGGCGUGAACUGCUGCGUGCAGAAGAACUUGCCGCCCGGCCCCGGCUUCCGCCCGCACAGUCGCAACCACUCCACUACUAACAACUCCCAGAGUUCGUCAGACGAGGUGAAAUGUAUAGAAGAGGAAGGCGAAGACGACAAUAUGGCCAGCCAAGAAACUCUGCAGCCGGAUGCCGAUGAACUGGAUAAUACCUUCUCGCCGAAGAAACUUUCGAAAUCUAAAAUAAGGCCAUCAGAUCCUAUACCUAUUUGCGACGCGUACAGCAACUUACACUACACGGUGAGCGGGCACGAGGCGUCCACACUCGCCGCGCGCCUCAACGCCGAGCUGCGCGCGCGCAGCCACGCCGACGCGCCCGCGCAUCCAUGCAGUCAGGGCGACGAAAAAGAGCCGAAAGACGUAGAAGAAGCGCCGCCACGCGCUCGUUCCUACGACCAACACAAGCAGAGCCACGACAACGAGGCGGACGCUGCGCUGUCGACCGCGGUGGGCGCGCGAUACCAGAGCCUGCAACUCGUGCACUCAGCCACUCGCCCCACACUAACCGCGCCGCCAUCCGAGCCCGUAACCCCCGUCAUUAACAUGGAGGGCGUGGAGUCGGCCACUAACGAGGUGCCGCUGUCCGCGCUGACGUUCGGGUCGCGGACGGCGUCGUGGCCGGGGCUGGCGGCGCAGUGUAGCUCCUCGCGCGACGCAGGGCGGCGCCAGCGGCACAGCAUCGCCGGCCAGAUGAGCUACCUCAAGAUGCUGGGGCUGGGCGCGCGCGGCAAGCUGUCCGCCGCCGGCCUCUUCAGCACCGCCGUCAUCUCGGGCUCCAGCUCCGCGCCCAACCUGCGCGUCAUGAUCCCCUCCGCCGCCUCCAGCAACGCCGCAGUGGAAGGUUUCGGCGGGGUGCCGGCCAUCCGUCCUUUGGAGACGCUACACAACGCGCUGUCGCUGCGGCAGCUGGACGCGUUCCUGGAGCGCGUGACGGCGGCGCCCGUGCUGCUGGGCACGCCGCCCGCGCCGCACAAGCCCGCCUCGCCCACCAACAGUGUGGGGUGGAGCGGUCCAUCGUCCCUAAUGUCGUCAUCCGGCGAGCUGCCCAGCGGCCUGUCCUCUGCCGGGCCCUCCUCGCCCAACUCCAAUUACGCCUCCAACUCGGAACAUAAGACCACGUCGACCGAAAGUAGCAAUUGGAGUAAAAAUGUGCCGAGCAAGCUCCCCCAGUGGGAGGGCGAGGCGGCGACGUUGUGCGCGUUGGACUCGAGCCUGCACCCAUUCAUGCCGCACUCCAACCUCGCAGGUUCAUCUAUUAGCGGGGAUGUGACGCCGGUGUCGAUAGCCUCGGAGCUGGACUUCAACAGCAAUGAGGCUACCGCCGGCUCCAUCACAGACCAUGAUCUACUGAGUGCAGAAGGUGAAGAUGAUGAAGAGACCCUUUCAGUAGACCCGUGCGGCUCUCCCGUCAAGAUGAUCAAGAACGACCUGAGUCCACAAACCUAUACCGCGGUCAGCGCCCUCAGACUCGACAACUGUCAGCCGUCCACUAGCAAAGAGUUCUUCGGCCUAAGUCUACAACAGACUAAGGAAUGCUUCUACAAAGACAUGCCAUCAAGUAGCAAAAAUUAUAACUUAGAUAAUGAUUCUAAACAAAAGUGUACCAAGGAAAAUACGCCUUACAUGUCCAAUAUUGAUUCGCUUAAUUUGCAAAGCAAAGAUGGCAAAAGUAAAAUUAAAAAGAAUGAAAUUCUGAAUAAUGGUAGUAGAAGGUACAGUGACAGUAGUGCACAAAAAAGUAAUGUUAGUUCCCAAGCUACUGUUUCGGGCAGUCGAUUUAAAAUGACUUUAGUAACAGAUGACCUGCUCCGGCCAAGCACUUCUACAGACAGUACAAAUAACGUGGCGACCAUAGAGCCCGCCAUGCCAUUGGUCACGAAGGCUAAAAACUCCAACGUUAAACCAGGUUUUACUAUAUCAGAAACGUAGUUCUGGAAUAAUCGAUAACUCAAUACGUUCAACGUUGAUAUUAAUAUUGUUGCGUACUGAUAUUAAUCGUACAGUUAGUGAAAUUAUACCAUUUAAAAUAAUAACACAAUAUAAGUUCUCUGCGACUGCUAUAAUGUUUGCAGUAUAAUGGCAUAAAUGGCAUUGACCAUUUAUAUGCAGUUGAUAUAAUCAAAUAGACUGUAAUGAAGUCCCAAUAAAGUAUUUAAUGCAUUCAGUGUAGUUCAAUCAUAAUAAUCUCACAAGCUGAGCACAUUUAAACUAUUACAGUUUUUAUUAGCCUUUUGAUAUUAUAUACUUACCUGUGCUUACAGUUUGUUUAUCGAUUCCUAUAUUUUUACACUCAUUGCUGUGAUUAUUGUAAUGUUUUUCCGAAUCUGAUAUUAUUUAAUGCUUUGUAUAUUGAGUGUUAUAAAUUAGUUAAACAUUUAAUAACUAGGCUAUGCAAUCGUACUUAACAGUCACAUAAUUAUUUGUAUAUGCUGGUAUUUCAAACUGUGUGCUUGUAUCAUGCUUGAAUCAGAGGCAAUGUAGUGAGUCAAUAGUCAAUGUUCUAUUUAAUAUUGCUUUACUAAAUCGUUUCAUUGCGCAAUACAAUUUUAUAAAAAUCAUAAGAUAUUGAUAUACCUAUUGAAUGUAUUAGUUAAGUGUUUACAUCAAAAUAUAAUAAUAAUAAUGAAUGA